AUGCAGGUCAAGAGGCUCCACACUAGUUGUGAUUCCCAACUCGUGGCUAGCCAGGUUAAUGUCAACUUCGCUGCCAAGGAUAAAAGCAUGAUUGCAUAUCUCAAACAGACCUCAAUUUCAAAGGAACAGAAUGUGAUGUGGGUAGAAGACACCCCUACAUGGAUGGCCCCGAUCAUUACCUUUUUACAAGACCAACUCCAACCCUCUGAUAAAGAGGAAGCACGAAAGCUGAAGAGGUGGACUGCACAUUUCAUCUUUCAAGAUGGCAUACUUUACAAACGAGGCUUAUCUUUACCCCUACUCCGGUGUAUAGAUGGAGGACAAGCUACUUAUGUUCUGAGAGAAAUACAUGAAGGAGUAUUUGGGAUUCCCCACUCGAUUGUAUCAGACAGUGGGUGCCAGUUUGAUAAUAAAAAGGUCAAAAACCUAUGCGACGAACUAGGGAUCAAGAAACAUUUUUCUUCCCCACACCAUCCCUGGGCAAAUGGGCAAGUUGAAGCUGUUAACAAGACCAUCAAAUACACAUUGAAGAGGAAGUUGGAUGCCUCAAAAAGUGCUUGGGUUGACGAGCUACCUCAAGUCAUGUGGGCAAUUCGAACCACAAACAGAACAGACACUGGCCAGACCCCUUUCUCCAAAACCUAUGGAGUCGAGGAUAUGAGUCCAGUCGAAGUGUGUCUGCCAACCCUUUGA